AGGCUGCUCUCUUUAUUGUCUGGCUUUCAUCAUAGACUCUCAUUUCCUACCUGUCACCACAAGGGGUGUCCAGGACACAUUACGAAUGUGAAGCUUCAGUAACCAAACUGUACAGGGUAGUCUUGCAGUUUAGCUUUGAGUGAUUCUGUGAAAUUAGAGGCGAGAUCCUUGCAGCUGCUCUUCAGGGAUUGCUGUUUUUAAGGGGGAAGGAGCAGAUCUUGUGCUCUCCCUGUGUGUGUGUAUAUAUAUAUACACACACAGGAGAAGAUGCAGAGUGCAUUUGGCUGAGCUAUUGGCUACUCGGAAGCACUGAGAGGCAGGCAGAGAGCAAGAAACAGAAGGAGAGAAGAGGAAGCGGGAACAGGACUGAAGUGCAGAGCAGCUGUCCCCAUUUCUGAAUACUCGGGCACUUCAGGGUGCCUCAGUCAAUGAGGACAUGGAUUCUUUUGCUCAAAUCUUCAAACUGCUCUUUCUGAUUCCUUUUCAUCACUGGAAUAUAUUAGCAGCAGGAAACAAAUAUAAUUGUGAUGAUCAGCUGGUGUCUGGCUUGCCUCAAUCAUCAUUCAGCAGUUCAUCAUUGCUGUCCAGUAGUCACAGCCCAGGGUUUGCAAGGCUUAAUCGAAGAGAUGGUGCUGGUGGCUGGACUCCACUCAUCUCAAACAAAUAUCAAUGGCUUCAGAUUGAUCUUGUUGAAAGAACUGAAAUUACCGCUGUUGCUACCCAAGGUGGAUAUGGGAGCUCCGACUGGGUAACAAGCUACCUCCUGAUGUUUAGUGAUAGUGGAAGGAACUGGAAGCAAUAUCGCCAGGAAGAAAGCAUUUGGGCUUUUUCAGGCAACACCAAUGCAGACAAUGUGGUAUAUUAUAAACUCCAACAUUCCAUCAAAGCAAGAUUUUUGCGGUUUGUCCCAUUGGAUUGGAAUCAUAAUGGCCGGAUUGGGAUGCGAAUUGAGGCUUAUGGCUGCACUUACAGGUCUGAAGUGGCAGAUUUUGAUGGAAAGAGUUUCCUGCUUUACAGAUUUAACCCCAAAUCCACGACGGCACUAAAAGAUGUAAUUUCUCUGAAGUUUAAAACUAUCCAGAGAGAUGGAAUUCUGCUUCACAGAGAAGGACAGAAUGGAGAUCACAUCACAUUGGCACUAGCUAAUGGAAAGCUUUCUUUACUCAUCAAUAUAGGUGAUGCUAAAAUAUAUUCUACUGAUGCCCAGAUUAAUAUCACUCUGGGUAGCCUUUUGGAUGAUCAGCAUUGGCAUUCAGUCCUCAUUGAACAUUUCAAUAAUCAAGUGAACUUUACAGUUGAUAAACACACUCACCAUUUUCAUGCAAAGGGAGAAUUCAAUUAUUUGGACCUUGAUUAUGAGCUCAGCUUUGGAGGGAUUCCAGUGCCUGGAAAGUCAGGGUUAAUACCAUGGAAAAACUUUCAUGGAUGUUUUGAAAACCUUUAUUACAAUGGUGUGAAUAUUAUUGAUUUGGCCAAGAGACAGAAACCACAAAUCAACAUUAUGGGCAAUAUAUCUUUCUCCUGUUCAGAGCCUCCAAUUGUUCCUGUCACAUUUUUGAACCCCAACAGCUAUCUAGCAUUGCCAGGUACAUCAGGGCAAGAUGAAGUGUCAAUCAGCUUUCAGUUUCGGACCUGGAACAAUGAAGGUCUCUUGCUGUCAAGUAAAUUAUACCAGACUUCAGGUGGCCUCCUCAUGUAUCUAAGUGAUGGGAAAGUUAAAGUGAGCUUCUAUAAACCAGGAAAGGUACAGAGUGACCUUACAGCAGGAGCUGAGUUGCAUAAUGGACAGUGGCAUUCUGUUUCUUUGUUCGCUAAAAAGAACCGUGUAAGUUUGGUGGUAGAUAAUGAUGUAACUUCUUCCUCUCAUGCCUCAAUACCCAUGCAGAUGCUUUCGGGAGACACUUAUUACUUUGGAGGAUGUCCUGUUCAUGUCAACAGCUCAGAAUGUAAAAAUCCAUUUGGAGGUUUCCUUGGGUGUAUGAAACAAAUUUCAAUUGAUAACAGUGAAAUGGAUUUAAUUUCUGUUCAACAAAACUCAAUGGGAAACUUCAGCGACCUUCAGAUAGAUCUCUGUGGCAUCGUAGAUAGAUGUCUACCCAAUUACUGUGAACAUGGUGGUGAAUGUUCUCAAUCCUGGAAAAGUUUCUAUUGCAACUGUGCGAACACAGGCUACAUGGGAGCUACAUGUCAUUAUUCUAUUUAUGAGCAAUCAUGUGAAGCCUAUAAGCACAGAGGGAACACUUCAGGUUUUUACUAUAUCGAUUCAGAUGGGAGUGGCCCCUUGGGACCAUUUCUUGUAUACUGCAAUAUGACAGACACCACUUGGACAAUUAUUCAGCACAACAACACUGAGUUAAGCAGAGUCAAAAAUGCUAAUCGAGAGAACCCCCACACUGUGUUUUUUAAAUAUCCGGCCAUGCUGGAACAGCUUCAGGCUACAAUUAACCAUGCAGAACACUGUGAGCAAGAGCUUGCUUACUACUGCAAAAAGUCUCGGCUUUCAAAUAAGCAAGAUGGAAUUCCAUUCAGCUGGUGGAUUGGAAAAGUCAAUGAGACCCAGACUUACUGGGGAGGUUCCAAGCCAGAUGUUCAGAAAUGUGCUUGUGGAAUACAAGGCAGCUGCAUUGAUUCCCAACAUGACUGUAACUGUGAUGCUGACAGAAAUGAAUGGACCAAUGAUACAGGUGUCCUCACUUAUAAAGAACACUUGCCUGUAACAAAGAUUUUCAUCACAGACACAGAUCGACCAAAUUCUGAAGCUGCUUACAAACUUGGGCCUUUACUUUGCCAGGGUGAUCGAGAGUUUUGGAAUGCUGCUUCCUUCAACACUGAAGCCUCAUAUCUUCAUUUCCCCACAUUUCAUGGAGAACUUAGUGCAGAUGUGUCUUUUUUCUUUAAGACUACAGCUUCCUCGGGCGUGUUUUUAGAAAAUCUGGGAAUUAAAGACUUCAUAAGGAUAGAACUGCAUUCACCAACCGAAGUGACACUCUCAUUUGAUGUGGGGAAUGGGGCAAAUGAAAUCAUAGUGCAGUCACCCACUCCUUUAAAUGACAACCAGUGGCACUAUGUGAAGGCUGAAAGAAACAUCAAAGAAGCAUCAUUGCAAGUAGAUCAGCUCCCUCAAAGGAUUCAUACAGCUCCAUCUGAUGGGCAUAUUCGUUUGCAGCUCAAUAGUCAGCUUUUUGUUGGUGGGACAGCAUCCAGGCAGAAGGGAUUUCUGGGCUGUAUUCGUUCUUUACAAUUAAAUGGAGAAGCAAUUGACCUAGAAGAAAGAGCAAAUGUGACCCCAGGUGUAAAACCAGGUUGCCCUGGACACUGUAGCAGCUAUGGUAACAUGUGUCACAAUGGAGGGAAAUGCAAAGAGAAAUACAAUGGAUUCUCUUGUGACUGCACUUUCUCUGCGUACACGGGGCCAUUCUGUAAGAAAGAGAUCUCUGCAUAUUUUGGAGCUGGCUCUUCAGUGACGUACAACUUCCAAGAAACCUACAGUUUAGCCAAGAACUCCAGCUCUCAUGCUGCCUCCUUCCAUCCUGACAUGACCUUGACAAGAGAAGCAAUUGCAUUUACCUUUCGAACAACACGGAUUCCAAGUUUACUUCUUUAUGUGAACUCUUUCUACAAGGAGUACCUUUCAGUUAUUCUUGCAAAAAAUGGAAGUUUACAAAUAAGAUACAAGCUAGAUAGUCAUCAAGAUCCUGAUAUCUUUAGCAUCAAUUUCAGAAGCAUGGCUGAUGGACAGCUUCACCAUGUGAAGAUUAACAGAGAGGAAGAAAAACUAUUUGUGGAGCUCAACCAAAAUGAAAAGAUCAAGUUCUUUCUGUCUUCAGACACGCAGUUCAAUUCAGUCAAAUCACUCAUACUUGGCAAAAUCUUAGGAGAUUCAAAUGAUGUAGACCCAGAUACCUUGAAAGCCAACUCUCUGGGGUUUAUUGGAUGCCUCUCUUCCAUACAAUUCAACCAUGUUGCUCCUUUGAAGGCAGCACUGCAUCAUUCCAGCUCAUUUCCAGUUACAGUGAAAGGACAUUUUAUUGAGUCCAACUGUGGCACUUUAACAGGGGCUGAUUCAACAUCAAGCGAAACAACCCAUUCACUUGCAGAUCAUUCGGGACCAAUAGAUGAGGGAGAACCUUUAGCUAAUGCAAUAAGGAGUGACUCUGCAAUUAUUGGAGGUGUGAUAGCUGUUGUUAUAUUUAUUCUGCUGUGCAUUGCUGCCAUAGCUGUAAGGAUUCAUAAAAAGAAAAGUGCAUAUAAGAAAAAGGAAGUGAAAGGAUCGGAAAAGGAGGAUAGUGCUGAGACUGCCCUGAAGAAUGAGCUAAACGUGCAAAACACAGUCAAUGAAAAUCAAAAGGAGUAUUUCUUCUGAUUCACCUGUACAAUUUAGCUUAAUAAUAAUGAUGUGACAGUCUGACUUUCUAGCUAAGCUGGGGCUCUCAAUGGACACAAUUAAAAAAAAGAUCACAAAGAAAAAUGGGGAUAAAAGAGAAGCUUUUGCAAUUGAAGAACAUGCAGAAUGGAAAUGAAACUGGAAAUGAAAAUGAAACGAGACUGCAUAUGUUCAGUCUCGUUGAUUACUAUGGGAGGCCUCUUUAAAUGACAUGCAUUCUUUAGCUAUUAUAACAUAAAUGCAUUUUCUGUAACAGUGAAUUAGAUAUUGUAACCAAUUUCAUUGUUGGUAGUUUUCGGCUGUUCUGCUGUAACUUUCUAGAAUGGAAGUUUUAACGUGCAUACUGAACAUGGGUUUUCAAUGAGGAAAUACUAUCCAGUUUUCUCAUCCUUUCCCCCACAGUCCUUUUUAAUUCUACUCUAUAGAGAUCUAUUUUUUCAGGAAUAUCAUUAAAAUGGGCUCUAAUAUUUUCCCCUAAAUCCUUGGGCUACAACACAAAGCAAAACUAAGUGUACUUAAGACUUUUCAAUUAAUACACUUAGCUGUACUUUGCUCUGUAUUAAAUGCUACCCAUGACAGAACACUUUUAUAGUAAUUACUUCAAAUGACUGCAAUUGCAAGUACUGUUUCCACUAAUUGAUGGUCAACUCCAAUUUUUGUUGUUAUAAAAACAGCAUAUUCCAUUAAGUGUUAACCCCGUCAUUAUUCUGUCCAAUAAAUCAAUCUAUAGUAUUGUGUGAUGGCUACUGAUACGAAUACAGAAUGCAGAGUUACUUUAUUAACCUUGCUCUCAAGACAAAUGAAAUGUGAAUGACAACUUGUUUUUAACUAGUGUUGAAUAGUUGUUCAUUGACUGGACUGAACUAAGCUCUAACAACUAAUGAUGUAAAGUGUUAACUUUGUGUAAUGCCCAUAUAUUGAUCCACCACAUUGAUACUGGCCAACUGUAUCAAUGGCAGCCGAUUGCAAACUUUAAUGUAUAUUUUUCUUUAAAAAAGUGUAACAACAAAAGACAAACAACGUCAUACACUAUUGUUAUUUCACUAUCUGUAUGCAAUGUAGAGAAAAUGGCUGAUUUUUUUUUACUGAUUGAAGUUUAAACUGCAUAUGAUUUCCUAUGGAGAAAUUCUACAUUCUUGAACUUGAAUACUAGAAGCAUGUUACCAGGCCAAUCACAUGGGUCUUUGUCACUACCAUGGUCCAGCAAUCAGUGACAAUAAUCGAUAGGCCAAGGCCAAAAACAGCAAUUGGAGGCAGAUGGCAUGACCUAGCAUGGUUGGUUAGGUCCUCUUUACUCAAAAUUUAGAGCAGGAAAUUCAAGAUCAAAGAUACUGCGACUGGCAUCCUGUUAAUGACAUAUGAAGAUAUAGCUUAAAUGUUAUACCUAUAUAUAAUAUUAUUUUUGCUCAUUGUGAAGACUGGUAUUCCUUUUCUUCCUCUGGAGAAACAACCCCCCCCCCCCCACACACACACACACACCCCUACAGUUGAGUUGGUAAACAUUCCUCUGAACACAACCAUGUAAUCCCCAGAGGAUGCAUGUGUGUGACUGCAGAAGUUUCUGGCGAUGUUCCUGGAGUAGAUAGGAAGCAAUUUCAUCUAUCAUCAGAGACCUUAAUAUCAUCAGAGACCUUCAGUAGCUAGUAUAAUCAGUUCAUAUUUGGCUAUGGUAAUAUAAUUAGAUGUUUCUAUGAACCUCCUUAUACUUUCAUUCAGACAUUGAACAGCACUGUAGCUUCAGCAGUUCUAUAUAGAUCUAGAUGGUGUUGAAUGUCUCAGCAUAGUUUAAUUACACAUGUGGGACUAUUAUCGUCACUUUUUUCCAUGUCAGGAGCAACUUGAGAAACUGCAAGUUGCUUCUGGUGUGAGAGAAUUGGCCAUCUGCAAGGACGUUGCCUAAGGGAUGUCCGGAUGUUUGAUGUUUUAUCAUCCUUGUGGGAGGCUUCUCUCAUGUUCCCGCAUGAAGAGCUGGAGCUGACAGAGGGAGCUCAUCCGCACUCUCCCUGGAUUCAAACCUCUGACUUGUUGGUCUUCAGUCCUGCCAGCACAAGGGUUUAACCCAUUGCACCACCGGGAGCCCCUAUUAUCAUCACUGAGCCACACAGGUUUACAGCCUUAUGUUUCAAUUCAAAGAGCAAGUUGCUCGGAUUGAGUGAUCAUGGCUGAAACAUUAGACAUAUUGGUUCUUCAGAUCAUGUUGUGUGGCUGGAUUGCUGAAAAGCAUUCUCUUUUCUUGCAAUUAUAUGUGUGAUGCUUUAUCACAGUAAAUAUCUAAUCAGUAAUUUCAGUCUGAGAACCAUCCCAAUGGCAAAACAUGGCUUAGGUUCUGGUUCAAGACAUUAUGGUCCAAGGACUUCUAUCUAUCCUUUUAUUGUCCUCUUUUUCAUAUACUUUCUUGUUGCCUGUUGGAUUAUGGCAAUUCCAUAAAUUUAUAGGGGUUUCUUAUCCAAGGAAUCUCAAAAGUGGUUUUAUCUGUUCCUUUUAGACAAGGUCAAUUAAGUAAACAGGCCCCUGCAGCCAAAUUCAGAUAGAUAGAUAAUCUGUAGUAGAAAGACAUACACGGUUCCAAUAUUCAGUUGCAUAUCUCAUUUUAUGAUAUCUUCUUGUUAUUAUUAUUAUUAUUAUUAUUAUUAUGUUUAUUUAUAACCUGUUUUUUUCUCCAUACAGAGACUCAACACAUCUCACAACUAAAGCAUUGCAAAACAACUUAAAAUAUACAAGUAUUAAAACAGUAAUAUUGUUUUAAUACUUGUAUACUGUUAAAACAGUAAUGGUGUUCCAAUCAUUAAAAGCAUAUGCACUCACAGCAGCCCCUGAUGAUCUUAUAAACCUCCUUCUUUUAAAGCCUGUCUGAAUAAAAAGGUUUUAAUCUGUCAUCUGGAGGUAACAGGUGGAGGACCAUUCUGGCUUCCCUGGGCAUGAAGUUUCAGAGUCGAGGGGAAUCUAUCGAGAAGGAAGGCCCGCUGUCUUGUUCCCCCCAAUAGACAUUGAGAUGGAGGUGGCACUGAGAGAAGGGGCCUGGGGAUGUUUGUAAAAGGGAAUGCAGUCAGCCAAAUAGCCUGGACCUGAACUGUCUAGGGCUUUAAAGGUCAUAACCAGCACUUUGAAUUAUGAAGAAACAAUUCUGAUACAAUUAGUGUGAAGAAUAGUAUCUCAUUAAAGAGAAAAGGAAAUGGAUUCACUGAAGAUAAGGAGUUACUAAGCUGGAGGAACUUUUUCCCUCUCUUAGACUAUGCUGCUGGCUCCCUUUUUUCCAUCCUAGCCUCCUACCAAAUUCUUGCACUAACAAACUUGACUAGAAUGGCACUAGAAUUGUCUUUUUCUUUUUUUUUCUUUUUCUGCAGGUUCACAGACUCAUUAAAUAACUGAUACAAGAAGCAGGAUUUAAAAUAUCUAAAGUUUAGCUUUUAAAAAGUAUUUGGAAUACAUCAACUAACCUAGCUGCUCAGUCACCAGUUUGGUUCUUGGGUGCUAAAUGUUGGACAAAAUUUUGAGGCAAGUGAAUUUGUUUAGGUGUAAAUAUUUAUCUCAGAAAUUUACUUGCGUGCCAUUUUCCAAAUGUUGAAAUGAAUUUAUAUAAAAUGUAAUACUUUCACCCAAAAAUUUGUCCAAUAAUUGGAAUCACUUUCAUCACCUCUUUCUCAGUGUAAACUUCCCCAGGCAAUAAGUGUCCUUUACCUAUCCACUUCCACUUUGCAUCCAAUAGGCUUAGCCAACAUAUUUGAAUUUCCCCUCAGUCCUACUUAUGCUCCAAGCUUGCACUACUCUUUGGUUCCUGUGUUAUCCAUCUGGUUUUUUAGACAGUAUUCACACAGCACUUUCACAAGCCUUGCCAGUAUAGCUGUUGUUUGCUUUUUAGCUUAUUGUUUCAGCUUUUGCUACCCUUCAUGCACUUUUUUUCUUUACUUCCCUACAUUGGGGUCACUUCCCAUUUAGAACCUUGAAUCUCAGCCUUUCUAAAUGACUCUUGCUGUCCUUUGCCUUUUCAAUACUCCUUUUUAUAGCCUAUAUAAUACUUUCUUUCCCAGCAAAGUUGGCAUUUCAUUUCCCUCACUUAUGCUUCUGUGAUUUCCAACUAUUGUUGAACUAGCAUUUGAAAGAAACCAUGACACUACCAUAGUUCAUGGGCAAAUGACAGACACUUUUCAACCAGUAUACAGCACAAGCAAUCUUCUUCAUGACAUUAAAUAUGUCCUUUUAAAAAAUCUUUCUUUCAGUAAUGCCUGACAUCCUGUUAGUGACCUGCAAUGUCGCCUCCAAACUAUUUUUUAACUGUGGGAUCUCCUCCUCACCACCACAUGGCCAUUUAGAGAUCAGUGGCCACCAGAUAAGUGUUUGCCCUAUUGCCAGAUGCAAAACUAUAAGACCAUCUACUGAGACAUCUAAGUUGUGUAAGUGAAUGUCCUGGAGCUAAAAAGAUGGGUUGAAGUGAGAAGGGAGACCUAGCAUAGUUCCUCAUGCAGAACAUAUGUGCUAUGUUUCUGCAAUGCAGGGUCAUGGCUAGUAUUUUUGGUCCUUAUGUUAGUAUAAGUUUUCUGUUAGGUUUUUCCCUUGGGAAAAGUACAUUAUGCCUUUGAAGAAAUACUUUUCAAAUAAGAAUUUUGAAAAUAAUGUGGAGGUUCAAACAACAAUAAACAGUUUUCUUAAGAAAAACAAAGAUGUGGCAUCAGGUUUUAAGGACAACAAAAUCUGUUUCCUCAGAUGUAUGAUAAAAGCAUACGCCACAAUAAAUUUGUUAGUUUUGAAGUUGCCCUGACUCUCUUUGUUGGAUUAGAUGCACUAGAUGAACGCAAUUGUUGUGUAGGUUUUGAGGCUGAAUUUUUGCUUAAAUUCUCAAGAAUGAUACUAUAAUGCUGGUAUAUUAAAACAUGCAAGAUAUUUGAAUUUAUAAAACAUGUACAUUUUGCUGUUUUGAGUUGCUUUAUUAGUAAUUGAUUUUGUUGUCAUCUACCUACUGUGUUCCAUGGUUUAUUUUAUCUUGUAAAGUUCUGUUUUCGAUGUUUUUCCUAUCUUAUGCUGACAAUAAGAAAAAUACUGGAAAUUA